AUAGCACAACACAACACAACACAACACAACACAACACAACACCUUCUUCUUCUCCUCCCGCAUUAUCUACUUCCUUCUCCGACAAUGGCUACUUUCCUAACAGCUGUUGUGUCAAUCAAACCUACACUCUUCUCAUUUCAGCCCCAAACCUUCACCUCUUUGCAAUCUCAAACCAAUGCACUCUCCCUCAAACCCAUCUCCGUCUCUUUCCCACGGACCUCCAGAAUGAGACUCAUCCCUCACGCAACGAUGGAGACGGAUACGGAAGAAAAACCCGCUUUAGACCCCAACGCAGAAUCUUCAAGACGCGUCUACAUCGGAAACAUACCAAGAACAGUUACUAACGAGCAGCUCACACAAAUCGUCGAAGAACACGGCGCCGUUGAACAAGUCCAGGUGAUGUAUGAUAAGUACUCAGGAAGAAGCCGUAGGUUUGGUUUCGCUACAAUGAAGACAGUUGAAGAUGCCAAUGCUGCCAUUGACAAGUUGAAUGGCACUACCAUUGAAGGACGUGAGGUGAAGGUUAAUAUCACUGAGAAGCCUAUAGAAUUUUCAUCAUCAUCAUCUCCUGAUUUGUCACUGCUUCAGUCUGAAGAAUCAGCUUUUGUGGAUAGUCCUUACAAAGUGUAUGUAGGGAAUCUAGCAAAGAGUGUUACUAAAGAGAUGCUUGAGAGUUUGUUUUCUGAGAAAGGGAAAGUUUUGAGUGCUAAGGUUUCGAGAGUGCCUGGUACUUCCAAAUCCACUGGGUUUGGGUUUGUUACGUUUUCUUCUGAUGAAGAUGUCGAAGCUGCCAUUUUGGCUCUUAACAACUCUUUGCUGGAAGGACAGAAGAUUCGGGUGAACAAGGCCUAGUGUGAGCGGACGAGUCUUUUGGCAUCAUAAGAACGUGAAGAGAAUCGUCUCUUCUUUUUUUGUGUUGAGGAGUUUGUAAUGCAAACAUUUAGAGCAUAGUAUCUUAUCAUCUUUGUAAUCAUUCUAAGUUGGGGAAAAAAUGAAAGCAUUAAGUUUAUUUCACU